AUGGAGUCCGGGAAGCGGAAGCGGGCGGCGGACGGCGUCGGCGACGACCGCCAGUCGAGAUCACGGGGCGUUGAGGGCGAUCGGGCGGUGACGGACGAGGAGGUGGAGGAAUUUUUCGCGAUCCUCCGCCGGAUGCGCGACUUCUCGCGGUGCUUGGCCGUCGACAUCGAUGGCGGCGGGGCCGGCCGGCCUAGGGAGGUGGCGGAUGGAUCCAUGCGGGUCGCCGCGCGGUGGAGCCCGACGUUCGCGCGGGAGGACUUCGCGGGUCCCGGCGCCGGCAACGAGGACGGUGGGAAGGGUAGCUCGGAGGCGGAGGAGGAGGCGGCGGCGGUGGAGAGGGAGACGGAGAAGUCGACCCCGCGGUGCCUCGAUCUCAACGCGGAGCCGGAGCCGGAAGGUCGCGUCGUCUCGAGCCCACGCGGUGAGUCUACCGCCUCACGCUGCGCCCGUGCGCCCGCCUAA